AUGGUACUCAGGAAUCGAUGGGGUAAGAAUGUGGUAGGUAUUUUAGUUGACAGGGACCUCAGGGAGCUCGUGGUCGAGGUUAGGAGGGUAAAUGAUAGGUUGAUGAGUAUUAAGCUGGUAGUUGGUGGGUUUACUGUAAACGUGAUUAGUGCAUAUGCUCCUCGGGUAGGUUUGGACCAGGAGGUCAAGAAGCAAUUAUGGGAGGAUUUGGACGAGAUGGUGCGUAGUAUCCCGCACACAGAAAAAUUAUUCAUUGGUAGAGAUUUCAAUGGUCAUAUUAGGGCUAGUGCUAGGGGUUAUGAUGAUGUGCAUGGCGGGUUCAGUUUUGGGGAUAGGAACGAGGGAGGUAAUUCACUGUUGGAUUUUGCUAGUGCUUUUGAUUUGGUUAUAGCUAACUCGAGUUUUUCGAAGAGGGAAGAGUACCUGGUCACUUUACGGAAUUCAACGGGCAAGACUCAGAUUGAUUAUCUUCUCUGCAGGAAAUGCGAUAAAGGUCUGUGCACUAACUGCAAGGCCAUCCCAUGUGAGUACCUCACGACCCUACAUAGGCUCCUAGUUAUGGACCUGGAGAUCAAGAGGAGUAGGAGGAAGAGGGCGGGGUGCAGGAAACCUAAGAUCAAGUGGGGUAACUUGACCAAGGACAAAACUCAGGAGUUAGGGGAGAAGUUAUUGGCUAUGAGGGCCUAG